AUGUUUAUUCCAACUACACAAAAGGUUGUCUUGAUUGAUGGUAAGAGUGACGACUAUGAUGUUAUUAAGUAUCAGGAUUUUGCAGUGCCCUCGAUUGGCAGCACCGAUGUCCUUGUGAAGAAUAAGUACGCCGGUGUCAACUUCAUAGAAGCAUAUUUCCGUAAGGGAUACUACCCUUGUGAACUGCCAUAUGUUCUUGGUAGAGAGGCCAGUGGUGAAGUGGUUCAGGUUGGCUCAGAAGUGAAGGACUUCAAAAUUGGUGAUAAAGUUGCAUACCUGGGUGGAUCAACGUUUGCGCAAUACACAAAGAAGAGUACUGAGAAUCAUAUAAUGAACCUCGGACAAUCUUGUCCUGACGAGGACUUAAAACUCUAUGGAUCAUCCCUAGUGCAAUGUUUGACGGCCAUCUCUUUCAUUGAUGAAGCAUAUAAGGUCAUGGAAGGUGACUAUAUCUUGGUCUAUGCAGCAUCAGGUGGUGUUGGAUCCAUCUUGUGUCAAUUGAUUUCUCAAAGGAAAGCGCAUGUCAUCGCUGUGGCUUCCUCAGCUGAGAAAUUAGCAAUGGCAAAAGAAAAUGGCGCUGAGUUUUUAAUUAACUAUGCAGAGGAUGACAUCUUGGAGAAAGUCAUGCAAUAUACAAAUGGGAAAGGUGUUCAUGCUGCGUUUGAUUCCAUUGGUAAAGACACCUUUGAAACUGAUCUUGCUGCACUGCGCAGAAAGGGUACUUUAGUAUCAUUCGGUAACGCCUCAGGUAUGGUGCCACCAUUUGCAAUCAACAAAUUAUCUCCUAAAAACUUGAAGCUUCUAAGGCCCCAGGUAUACGGUUACUUGGGCACUAGAAGUGAGUGGGACCACUAUUGCUCUAUAUUCAAACACUUUGUUCAGUCUAAGAGCUUGAAAGUUGACAUUAGUGGCAUUUACCCGUUAUCUGAGUACGCAGAGGUUGCUAAAUUGCUUGAAAGGAGACAAACUACUGGAAAAGUAACUCUUGAAAUUCCUCAAUAA